GGGGCGGGGGCAGCGAUGGCGCCGGCCGCCGAGGGCGCGGGCGAACUACAAGUCCCAGCAGCUCCCGCAGCGGCCCUCGGCCGGCCCCUCUCGCUCCCCGGGAGCGCCUGGCGGGGCCGCUGGGCCGAGGGGGCCGCCGGCGGGGCUGGCGGGCGGUGGGGUUUCCUGCAAGCCCGGGGCGGGGAGACGCCGGCUGGCCAGCGCGGGUGCAGCCGGGCCGGGCAGGGGCGAGGGGCAUCGGAUUCUGUUCCAGAAGCCGCAAGCAGUUCUACUUCUAGGAUGAGGCGCUCAGUCCUGGUUAGGAACCCGGGCCACAAGAGCCUUAGGCCACUUUAUGGAGAUCUUCAUUCAGACCCAGAAGACCUGGACCCCAGCCCCAAAGAUCCAGACCCUAUUUCUGAAAGCCCCGAGCCAGAGCCGGAAGACCUCAACACUGUCUCAGAAGAUGGGGAUGCCAGCUUUGAAGAUCUGGACCCUGAGGCAGAAGAUGCUCAACCAUCCAUUUUGGGGAAGCCAGACUCAGAUUCCCAAGAUCUGGAUCCCAUGUCUUCAAGUUUCGACCUUGAUCCUGAUGUCAUUGGCCCGGUACCCCUGGUUCUGGACCCAAGCAAUGACACCCUCAGCCCGGCUGCUCCUGAUGUGAGUUCCCUUCCCUCUGGCCUCACUGCCACCCCUGAAAUCUUGGCAACGAGCCCAGCGGUGCUUCCCGCCCCCGCCAGUCCCCCUCGUCCCUUCUCCUGUCCUGAUUGUGGGCGAGCCUUCCGUCGCAGCUCCGGGCUGAGCCAGCACCGACGCACCCACAGUGGGGAGAAGCCUUACCGCUGUCCCGACUGUGGCAAGUCAUUCAGCCAUGGUGCCACACUGGCCCAGCAUCGAGGCAUCCACACGGGUGCUCGGCCCUACCAGUGUGCUGCCUGCGGCAAGGCCUUCGGCUGGAGGUCCACGCUGCUCAAGCAUCGCAGCAGCCACAGCGGAGAGAAGCCACACCACUGCCCUGUAUGUGGCAAGGCCUUCGGUCACGGCUCGUUGCUGGCCCAACACCUGCGCACUCAUGGUGGCCCUCGUCCUCACAAGUGCCCGGUGUGUGCCAAGGGCUUUGGGCAGGGCUCUGCGCUGCUUAAACACCUGCGCACCCACACCGGCGAGCGCCCCUACCCGUGUCCGCAGUGCGGCAAGGCCUUCGGGCAGAGCUCAGCGUUGCUCCAGCAUCAGCGCACCCACACGGCCGAGCGUCCCUACCGCUGUCCCCACUGCGGCAAGGCCUUUGGGCAGAGCUCCAACUUGCAGCAUCACCUCCGCAUCCACACUGGUGAGCGACCUUAUGCCUGCCCACACUGCUCCAAGGCCUUUGGGCAGAGCUCGGCGCUCCUGCAACACCUCCACGUGCAUUCUGGCGAGCGCCCCUAUCGUUGUCAGCUCUGUGGCAAGGCCUUUGGCCAAGCUUCCAGCCUCACCAAGCAUAAGCGGGUGCACGAGGGAGCUGCAGCCGCAGCUGCCGCCGCUGCCGCUGCCGCUGCCGCUGCCGCAGCCGCAGCAGCGGGGCUGGGCCUCGGGCCUGGCUUGAGCCCAGUAUCUAUGAUGAGGCCCGGGCAGAUCGCUUUCCUAGGUCCUGAUGCUGUUUCUGUGCUGGAAUCUGGCCUGGGCUUCAGCUCUGGUGCCAGCUCUGCCCGAAGUCCUGACCCUACUUCUGUGCUGGGUUCACUCCGGAAUCCCAUCCUCCAGACCCACUCAGGAUCCAUCUCCAGUCCUGAUCUUGUUCUGUCUUCUGAUCCUAAGCCAGGCCGUGAUGCUGACCCUGAUGUGGUACCCAGCCCCGACCAAGAAUCUGAUCCCAGCCCUAACCCAGAUCUCGUCCCCAGUCCUGACCCCAACCCCAAGUCCCAAACAGAUCCCUGCUCUCCCACUCAUGACAGUCCCAGCCCAGCCCUUCCAACUGGAGAGAGUCCCAAGUGGGUAAAGGAGGAAGAGGCACUGCUGGGGCCCGAUGGAUAAAGGGGCCCGGCAUCUAUGGUGGUUUGGGGAAAGUGUGUGUUAUAUUCAUAGUAAAAUCCUCCUGCCUCCUG